AUGAGAAGAGACAGAUGCAACUUCAAGCUCUAUAAAGAGGUUGAUAAUAAUAAAUGCGAAAAUGAGAAAAUUGGAAGUUCUUCUCAUACAGACUGGGGAUUUUUGACUUUAGUAUUACAAUCGGAUGAUUCACAG